AUAUACCAUGUCGUAGUAUAACAAGGAGAACGGUUCCCUGCCUUUCUGUCUCUCUCUCACACACAAACACACACACACACAAACACAGUCUCCAAUAAGUAACAAUCACACCAUCUACAGUUUCUAGAGAGAGAGGGAGAGAGAUUUUCAAACCCUGGCACUAUUUAUUUUCUCACUCCUCAAUUUCCGGUGGAUUCUCCAACGCUUGACCUAUACGUUAUUGCGUAGAUAGAUAUACAGUUCUCUCAAUUGAUCGGGGAGCCACCGAGCACAAUUGGAGGUGGGUUAAGUUUUGUUGGAUUUGGUGGCUUGGUGAUUUUUUUGUGAUUUCGGUUAUUGAUGGGAAAAGGAGGGGAGGAUUAUGGGAAGAGUGAGAAUUCGGGUUCUAGUAAGGAGAUGGAUGGAGAUAGCUUUGCGGCGUGGUCGAUAGAUGCGAGGGAGUGUGAGGAGAAAUACGAGGUGAGCAGAGAGCAUGGAUUGUCGGGUGGUGAUGUCGAGAAAAGAAGGGAGAUCUAUGGGUUCAAUGAAUUGGAAAAACAUGAUGGUCCUUCGAUUUUCAGGUUGGUUCUUGACCAGUUUAAUGAUACAUUGGUCAGGAUUUUACUGGUGGCAGCAGUGGUUUCCUUUGUGUUGGCAUUGUUCGACGGGAAUGAAGGUGGGGAGAUGGAGAUUACAGCGUUUGUCGAGCCGUUGGUUAUAUUCUUGAUAUUGAUUGUGAAUGCCAUUGUUGGGGUUUGGCAGGAGAACAAUGCGGAGAAAGCACUCGAUGCAUUGAAGGAAAUCCAGUCAGAGCAUGCAUCUGUUAUUCGCGAUGGUAAAAAGAUUUCACAUUUGCCCGCGAAAGAGCUUGUUCCGGGAGAUAUUGUGGAGUUGAGAGUUGGGGAUAAAAUUCCUGCAGAUAUGAGGGUUUUGAGCUUGAUCAGCUCGACUCUUCGGGUUGAACAGGGGUCGUUGACUGGGGAGAGUGAGGCAGUUAGCAAGACUACUAAGGCUGUUGCAGCGGAUGUUGAUAUUCAGGGGAAGAAGUGUGUGGUGUUUGCUGGAACGACAGUGGUGAACGGGAAUUGUAUUUGUUUGGUAACUCAGAUUGGGAUGAAUACAGAGAUAGGGAAGGUGCAUGCACAGAUUCAAGAGGCGGCAGAGAGCGAGGACGAUACCCCUUUGAAGAAGAAGUUGAAUGAGUUUGGGGAGGCUUUAACUGUCAUAAUUCUAGUCAUCUGCUUUUUGGUGUGGGUAAUUAAUGUGAAGUAUUUUCUUACGUGGGAUAUUGUCGACGGAUGGCCGAGGAAUUUCAAGUUCUCGUUUGAGAAGUGCACUUACUACUUUGAGAUUGCUGUUGCACUGGCAGUUGCUGCUAUUCCCGAAGGUUUGCCUGCAGUUAUUACGACUUGCUUGGCACUUGGCACACGUAAGAUGGCUGCUAAGAAUGCACUUGUUCGCAAGUUGCCUAGUGUUGAAACACUUGGUUGCACAACAGUGAUUUGCUCAGAUAAGACUGGCACUCUGACGACAAACCAGAUGGCAGUGGCUAAGCUUGUGCGCGUUUUUGGACGCCAUGAAGAUAUCAGUUCAAGGAGCUUGACGGGAAAAGAGUUCAUGGAACUCUCCAGUCAGGACAAAGAAAAUUAUUUAAAUCAGGACGGAGGGCUUCUUUUUUCAAGGGCUGAACCAAGACAUAAGCAAGAAAUCGUGAGGCUGCUCAAGGAUUCUGGUGAAGUGGUAGCCAUGACUGGGGACGGAGUUAACGAUGCACCCGCCCUGAAGUUGGCCGACAUUGGGAUUGCGAUGGGCAUUGCAGGGACAGAGGUUGCAAAGGAAGCUUCUGACAUGGUUUUGGCCGAUGACAAUUUCAGCACAAUUGUUUCUGCUGUUGGUGAAGGCAGAUCCAUUUACAACAACAUGAAGGCCUUCAUCAGGUCUUAUAUUUAUACUAGUAUUCCAUCUUCACCAGCUUAUCUAGUUAGAAUUUUAUCUAUCCUUUAGACAUUUUUACUUGAAUAUUCACCAACUGUUUCUUAGACGUUUAAGCCCCGUAUUAUUGAGAUUAUGACUAAUUAGGGUCUAGUUGCCUCAUACUGUGGCUAUAAAUGAUGUAUAAAUUG